GUAAAAUAGUCACGUCUUUAUUGGGAGUCACGAAUAUAGUACACUGGGGAUUAUAUAUUUAACUAGUAUGAAUAAAGACAAACAUAGGUUUCAAAAUGAUCUGUGUAACACAAGCUUUAUUGAAAGGGAUUUUCUUAUUAACAAUCAUAAGCGGUGCGUUUUCCGGAUUUUGCACUCAGUCUUAUAAUUGCGAGCGGACAUGCUACCAAAGUUCCAGUUAUUAUUCCAGCUGUGGAUUUUUCGGCUGGUCAAGAUGUGCCCGAUAUAAGUCAGUUUCAAAGACCUGUACCACGUGUACUAGGGAAGUUUGUUGUCCUGGAUACACCGGCGAUGACUGUGACACGCCUUCCUGUUUCAAUUCAACGACUUGUCCAAAUAAUGGUACCUGUUCUGCGCCAGACUAUUGUGAAUGUGAGCCGGGAUACAUUUCACCAAAUUGCUCAGCCCUCUGUAACGGAUUAACCACAUGUCCAAAUAAUGGAACAUGUGUAGCUCCAGACAACUGCCUUUGUCAACCAGGUUUUUCUUCACCAGAUUGUUCAGAUAUAGAUGAAUGUGCCAGCAAUACCCAUGACUGUGAACAGUUAUGUAUGAACAGUCUGGGAUCCUACCAGUGUGCAUGCCAACCAGGAUAUGUCUUGAAUACAAAUGGAUCAUCAUGUGACGACAUAGAUGAAUGUCAAGAUGAUAACGGUGGAUGUGAGCAUACGUGUACAAACGAAGCUGGUUCAUUCCAAUGUAGCUGCAACGACGGUCACGUGCUGCAUAAUGACAGCCUAUCCUGCAAUGAUCUUGAUGAAUGUGAAAUAAACAAUGGCGGAUGCCAGCAAUUGUGUAACAAUGCGCUCGGAUUUUACAACUGCAGCUGUAAUGAUGGAUAUGAACUACGAAAUGACAACCGAACUUGCGCUGAUAUUGACGAAUGCGAGUGGAACAAUGCAGGUUGUGAGCAUUUCUGUAGGAACACAGAUGGUUCUUUCUCAUGCCAUUGCUUGGGAGGAUAUGAGCUUCACAAUGACACCGCAUCGUGUGUAGAUAUAAAUGAAUGUGAGGUAGAAAAUGGUGGAUGCGAUCACAUGUGUGAUAAUACUCUAGGCUCUUUUCAAUGUAGCUGUUUUGGAACAUUUGAAUUGAAGACUGACAACACUUCCUGCGCAUGCCCUGACGGAUACGUCUUAAAUGCUGACAACACGACAUGUGUUGAUGUCGAUGAAUGCGAAAAUAACAACGGAGACUGUGAUCAAAUAUGUACGAAUAAAGAAGGUUCUUUUUCAUGCAGUUGUCACACCGGUUACAGUUUAAACAGUGACGGUAUAUCUUGUAUGGAUAUAAAUGAAUGUAAUGUAGAAAAUGGAGACUGUGAGCAAGUAUGCACAAAUGAUGAUGGUGCUUUUUCAUGUAGUUGUUACAAUGGGUAUGUACUUCAUACUGACGCCUUGUCCUGUGUAGAUGUUAAUGAAUGUGAAGUGGACAAUGGCGGAUGUCAACAGCAAUGUGUAAAUACUGAGGGCUCAUAUUUCUGCAGCUGCGGUGUACAUUUUGCCCUUAAAGAAGAUAAACUCUCGUGUGAAAAUAUCAAAGAACAUUCACUCUCAGCUUCGGUUGAAAUAUCAGUUGAUAUGGAUAAGAAAGAUAUACCAGCUGACUUCUCCAGAGAAACGGGUGUCUUUGAACAAAUUAAGUACUCGCUCCAGCUGCACUUCAAGAACUACACUGAAAGUUAUUUCAAAAUAGUAAUCCGUAAAAUCAGAAAAUACACUUCGCUCAAAGGUGAAACGAAUGUUAAGCUAAUGGUAAAUUUUACAAUUGUGUAUGAAAAAGGCGAGAAAUCGAGUAAUACAAGGAAUCAAAUCCUGAAAGGAAAUCUGAAACUUAGGCAUGGCACACAAUUUCUGUUCCAAGGAAAACCCGCUCAAGCAAAACUACAUCUGCCAGAAAACGUAUCUUCCGACUGUGACGCUUACUUACUUCUCUCUGGAGGUUGUGAAAAGGGGUUUCAAUGUACAGAAAGCAAAAUUGGACCUAUGUGCAAGUACAUCAGUUCUCCAAACGAAAAAUUCCAAGAAAAAUACCUUGUCUACAUUAUGCCAGUCCUUGCCUGUGCUAUAGUUAUUGCAGUGAUUUGUAUUGUUGUCGGUUUCAUCAAGAGGAAAAAAGUGACGACUGGUAACUGGCCAAUUAAAUACAAACGACAUCUAUACAAUGUCGACCAUGAUGAAGUAGUUGAAAACGUGUACGAAGCCGAAGUUCCUGGAGAGCAACCGCUUUCUAAUGACAAGAACGUAAACCAGGAAAGGAAGCAAGAGAAUGAACCAAAGAAAUCGUCACAAAAGUCCGAAUCUUUGGGAGAGAAGCAUCAGAUAUCCUCCAGCUGUAAUGGACAAGAAUCAUCGUAUGGAUCAACAUAAUAAAAACAAUGGUCAGACAUUGUGCUUUAAACACAUUUUAAUAGCUUAAGUGUUCCCUUCUAAUAGUCUAAUAUCUUUUGCAUGACAUGUACAUACAUAUAAUGAGCUAAUGAUGUUGACAAAUGUUUUAUUAAUUACGUAGCAGUAACUUUAAAAGCAUUUUGAGUUCAUUUAAAAGUACAUAUGCUCCUUAAUAAAAGUACUUGUAUAAAAUUGAAUGUCAUAUUAAUGAUAUGAUCUUGUGUUUUAAAAUAAUGACUAUUUUGUUUAACUAACAAACUAAUACAAUGUAAUACAUACAUAAAGAUAAAAUAUGUAUUUAUUUAACUCGUUUAGCCUUAACAGAA